AUGUGGCUCUUCAUAAUGGGUGCAGGCCUUGUCCUAGUCCUCCUUACUUCAGAAAUAUUUUUUAAAAGAAGAAAAGUAAAUCCAGAAGCUACUAUGAAUAUUAGCGAAAUUAUUUCUUUCAGAGGCUAUCCCAGUGAGGAAUAUGAAGUGGUGACAGAUGAUGGAUAUAUCCUGAGUAUUAACAGAAUUCCUCAUGGGAAAAGAAAUCAGUCAAACAAGGAUCCAAAGCACGUAGUGUUUCUGCAACAUGGCAUGUUUUGCUCUGGCAGUAUCUGGGUGGCAAAUCUGGACAACAACAGCCUGGGCUUCGUACUGGCUGAUGCUGGCUAUGAUGUUUGGCUAGGAAACAGUAGAGGGACCACCUGGUCCAUGAAACACAUCAACUAUACUGUGGAGCAAGAAGAAUUCUGGCAAUUCAGUCAAGAUGAAAUGGCUAAAUAUGACCUUCCAGCUUUCGUAAAUUUAAUCCUGAACAAAACUGGGCAGGAGAAAUUAUUUUAUAUUGGUCAUUCCCAGGGCACCACAAUGGCAUUCAUUGCAUUUUCAAUCAUGCCGCAGCUCGCCCAGAAGAUAAAAAUGGUCUUUGGAUUGGCACCACAAGUCACCUUGAAAGAUUUCCCCAACCCAGCACUGACGAUGUUCCUUGGGUUAUCUGAACACAAGCUCAAAGGAAUAUUUGGAACUAAACAGAUGUUUCCUCAAAGCAAAUUUGUAAAAUGGAUGGCUACUCAUGUGUGUAACCGUUUCUUAAUUGAGUAUCUCUGCAGCUUUAUUAUCCACCUAGGAACUGGCUUUAAUAUGAAAAAUCUAAAUAUGAGUCGUAGUGAUGUGUAUCUAUCACACUGGCCAGCUGGGAUAUCGGUUCAGAACCUGCUUCACUGGGCUCAGGGUGUGAAGAGUGGGAAGUUCAAAGCCUUUGACUGGGGUAGCAAGGAAGAAAACAUGGCUCACCACAAUCAGGAAACAGCACCUUCCUAUGAUAUUAAAAAAAUGACUGCUCCAACAGCUCUCUGGAAUGGUGGGAACGACUGGGUUUCAACCCCAAAGAAUAUUGCCCGGUGGUUGCCUCAGGUCUCAAACUUAGUUUACCACAAGAUGAUUCCUGACUGGCAACACACAGAUUUCUUCUUGGGCCUUGAUGCUCCACAGCACUUGUAUGAAGAGAUAAUUGAGUUUAUGCAAAAUUAUGAGUGA